AUGCUUCCUUUUCCCCUCCCCCUUCCCCUCCUCUUCGCUGCGGUCGUCGGGCAGGUGGCCGCGCAGCCGCCGGGCUCGUCAUGGCGGAAACCGAAUAUCACUACCCCGCUGCAGGACCGAAUCAGCCUCGCCCAGGGCGCCAUCUCGCAGGCGGUCUCGCAGCUGGACAGCAGCACGUCCAUGUUUCCUAAUCCCGGCAGCACUUACAAGGAAACCGGCGCUCUCUACUCCCUCCUCGCUGAAUUCGACCAGCUUACGAACCGGUCGCAGUACGCGGCCAACCUCGCGCAGUAUUAUGCCUCGGCACAGACGGUGCUCGACAACGCUAAGUCGCAGAACUUCUCGGGUUUCUAUGUGCUCAACGACGGCUUGAACUACGGGCACGGGGCCAUCGUCGCCUACAAGACCUACAACGUCUCCGUGUUCCUCCAGUAUGCGGUCCAGUCGUGGUGGGCGGCGGUGCCCUACACCAUGACCCAGGCGGAGGUCGAUGCGGGCAAGAUGCCGUCCAAGAACUUCACUCUGGGCGCUUCGUGUCAAGGAGCGACUCUGGCCGGCGGGUCAUUCUGGAACAAAGACGGGCAAAAUCCUUCUGUCUACGUUAUCGCCACCGGCAAUUUCCUCAUCCUCUCUGCCCUGCUUGCCGAGGCGACAUCGGACCCGGCUUACCUCGCCGCCGCCGCCCAGUCGAUGACAUUCAUUCAUUCACAUCUUUACAAUGCGCAAGGGCUCAUAGAAAACGACGUCUCGGCGCGCGCCGGGGACAACUGCGCCGUGGGCAUCCCGGACCUCCUGCCGUACAACUCCGGCCUCGUGAUGGAGGGCCUCGCGAUCUUGUACUCGAUCACGAAGAACGCGACGUACAGCACCAUGCUCGACCAACUCGUGUCCGUGUCGUUCGCUACGAAUGCGUGGACCGAUAGCACGGGGAUAAUACAAGUGGGAAGCGCCAAAACAGCAGACGCGUCGAUUCCGCGCGGAUUGGUAGCCGCUUAUGUGCGCAAUGCAACGAGUCCGUCCGUGCGACUCUCCAUUGCGUCGUAUCUCGCUGUGCAGUACAACGCUGUCGCCGACUUAGCAAAGCAACCUGGCGGCGACAUCUACGGCGGGUUCUGGCAAGGGCCGCCCGGCCUUACGUUCGACCCAGCGUCCCAGACAACCGCCAUCCAGGCACUGAUAAGCUCCCUUGCGGUCACCGAUUCCGGGCCCGUGUCGCCUUCUGGCACGUCCUCCGGGCCGUCCCCACCCACUAACUCGGCCGCCCCCGCCCCAAAUUCCAAAUCUGAGUCUUCCAUUGGCGCGAUCGUUGGCGGAGUUGUUAGCGGGAUCCUCGUCCUCGGAGCGCUGGCAAUUGUCUUGAUUUGUCGGAUUCGGAUGCUGCGACGAAGACAGCUCCCGCUCGCGCUCCUCGAGCCGCAUUACGCUGCCGUUAACAUGUCGGAGGUGUCCCCCGGCCUGCCCAGUCGCCCUUCUUACAGUAGUCCGGCCCGCCCGUCCGAGACGUCCGGCCCGGUCCCGGCGGGGUACAACCCGAAGCGGCCGCAAAACCUCGCUGCGGUCGUGCCCGUCCGGAGAGCCCCGUCGCUCUCGCCCAGCAGCGAGUCGUGGGCGGUCCCGCCUCCGACUGUCAUCAGCAGCCGGACACGCUCGAGCUCAGACUUUCUGCCGUCGGACUCGCAGGAGACUUCGUCCGGGCGCGGGCCGGGGGUGGAGCGGCAGCCGACGACGGAGGAGCUGGUGCGGAUGCUGGUCAGCAGGAUGAACGGCGGGUCCGUGGGCACGGGCACGGGCAUGACGGGGCUUUAUGAGGAGCCGUUGCCGGAAUAUCGCACAGCUUGA